UCCUGAUCUUCAUUGCCGCCUCACAUAUUUUCUCACGCAACUGAUGAGAUUCACCUUCUAAUGGUUUCACCAGUGAUUGCAUCAUGUUGGUAAAAUCCGCUACAUAUUUUGGUAUCUGCAUUUUGUCUCUCAAACCUUGUAAUUGAGGAAGCGUAAGUUCUAAACCUGCUGAUUGUAUCAUUUUUGGUUUUUCUAUUCCACAUUCUGCAACUUACAUUUUCAACCUCCUUCAAAAACUCUCAAAUUGGUCCAGAAUCAAUAGUUCCAUGCCAGAAGAAAUCAAAUUAUCAAAGGAAUUAUCAUAUUGCUUGUUCUGCCAUGGUAAAGAAUGUUCCACCAUUCGUGGUGUUCCAGAUGAAUGCGAUCUCCACUAGCUAGCAUUGGCAGAAUUUACGGUUCAAACUGAUCGGGAAGAUGCUUCUCUCCACUCCUACAAUUAAUUUCCUUGUUGAAAACUUGAAAGAGAAGCUGGGUCAAUCCGGAAAUAGCAGUUGCAGUCCCAAAACUAGCAACUCCUGUAUAUAAAUAGCGGUUCUCAUUAAUUAACACCCACUUCUCCUUUGAAUUUUAUUUCUUUCACCCAUAAGAAAGAAAAUGGCAGAGUCAAUUGUUUCCUUUAUCACGGACCAGCUAAAAACAACCAUCAUUGAAAAGGUUAAAGAGGAGGUGACGCUACUAAUCGGUGUUAAGGAAGAGGUGAAAAGGCUGGAAAGAAAUCUGAAACUCAUCCGCACCGUGCUUGCCGAUGCAGAAGAGAAGAAGACAACGGACGUAAAUGUCAAGCAAUGGCUAGAUUCACUAAAAGAAGCUGCUUACGACAUGGAGGAUGCGUUGGAUGAGUGGAGAACUGCAGUGGAGCUGGAAGUGCAUGGAGCAGAUGAUCAAAAUGCUGCUAGUACUGCUACUCCUUCUCAUUCUCAUCAUAGGAAAGUACUAUGCAAUUUACUUUCAUGCUUUCCUUUUCGUCGGCUAGAUACCCGUCAUAAAAUUGCCCUCAACAUAAAGAAAAUCAAUAAAAGAUUAGAUAAGAUUGCAAAGGAGAAAGAUAGGUACAAUUUAAUGAGUAAGGAAGAAGUUGAACUUCCCAAACGGCCAGAAAGUUCGUCCUUUGUUGAUGUAUCCCACAUACUGGGUCGGGAUGUGGUGAAAAGUGAAAUACUGAGCUAUUUGCUUGGAGGGGAUGGGGAUAGUGAAACAAUUGAAACAAUCUCUAUGGUAGGCUUUGGGGGAUUAGGGAAGACAGCUCUGGCACAACUGAUCUAUAAUGAGCAAGCUGUCCAAAAACAUUUUGACAAAGUACUAUGGGUUUGUGUCUCUGACCUUUUUGAUGAGAAAAAAGUGGCAAAAGCAAUCAUUCAAGGGCUUGAUAAUAUUAGUGGUGCUGAAGCAUAUGGCCUAGAAUUAGAGUCAUUGCAGGUCCUUUUGGAAAGAAUUUCUAAGUCUGUUAGGGGAAAGAAAUUUCUUCUUAUUUUAGAUGAUGUUUGGGCACAAAGUGGGGAGAGGUGGGAGUCGCUAAAAGUUACUUUUAGAAAGGGUAGUGGGGGAAGUAGAAUUUUGGUGACGACCCGUGAUGUUCAUGUUGCAACAAUGAUGGGGUCCUCACAGUCCCAAGUCAUACAUCUAGAGAGAUUGGGGGAUGAGGUAUGUUGGUUAAUACUAUGUGAAAUAGCAUUUAUGGGAAGGGAGCAGGGGCAUGCGGAACAUCUAGAGGAAAUUGGGAGGAGAAUUGCAGCUAGGUGUAAAGGCUUACCGCUUGCAGCAAAAACUCUUGGAAGCCUCUUAAAGUUUAAAAGAAGUAAACGACAGUGGGAGGAUGUCUUGAAUAGUGAGAUAUGGAAAUUAGAUUUGGCACAAAAAGAAAUUUUUGCUCCUUUGUUGUUGAGUUAUUAUGAUUUACCCCAUCCAAUAAGAAGGUGCUUCAAGUAUUGUGUAAUUUAUUUGAAAGACCGUUUGUUCUGGGCUCGUGACUUAAUUGAUCGUUGGAUGGCACAAGGUUAUUUAGGCCUUCAGAAUGAUGCUGAUUUGGAGUCAAUAGGGCAAGACUACUUUGACUUCUUAGCAAGCCGCUCUUUUUUCCAAGAGUUUGAGAUGCGUGAAGGAGGAACCAUGCUUACAUUUAAAAUGCAUGAUAUGAUACAUGACUUCGCCAAGUAUUUGGCGGAGGAUGAAUUUGUGACAAAGGAGGUCCAUUGUGAUGAUGAUUUGAAUAUUGAGUUAGAAAAAAGUCGCCACUUGACAUUGGUGCUUCACGGGGAGGUGCCCUUCCCUUCAUCCAUUUCUGGUGUAGAAAAAUUGCGAAGCCUUCUAAUUUCUUGUAUUGGAAGAAGGACCGGUCAAUAUUCUGUUCUUGAGGCCUUGCCUAGUAUCUUGAAUAAAUCAAGACGCUUAAGGCUAUUGGAUUUAAGUUGGGCCUGUGAUUACUUCGGAAAACAAGUUCCCAUAGAAAUAGGGAAAUUGAUUCACUUGAGGCAUCUUACCUUGGAAGGUUGUGCGCAAAUACAGGAGUUACCUCAACAACUCUCAAACCUACGCAAUUUGCUGGAGUUGGAUCUCAAGUUAUGUGAAAAUCUUAAGGAGUUGCCUUGUUGGAUCGUAAAAUUAAUCAACUUGAGGACUAUUCGUACUUCUGGUUGCGAGGCUCUUACUCACUACCCAAAAUGCAUCCGAAGAUUAACUUCCCUUAGAAGUUUAAUGGGAGCGAUUGUCAGAGCUGAUUGCAAUGAUGCUCAAGAAUUUAGUAUUGCAGAUCUUGGAAACUUGAAGCACCUUUGGAGGGUUUGGUUGAAAGUGAAGGGAGAUACAAUCGAUCGCGAGGAGGCUAGAAAAGCCCAACUCUAUAAUACUGAGGACCUGAGGAUAUAUCUGACCGGCCAGAUACAGAACGUUUACAUAAUUGAAGCCUUAGACCCACCUCAUGAUGCAAAUGUGCAGUUCUUCGACAACUACUUGUACGUUUGAACUAUAGAAGAGAAGUGUGCUGACUUUUCUCCUUUGUUACCUUCUACUUUUCAAAGCCCUUGAAUCCUACCUGGGGAUAGGAUAGCAAGUGUAAAGGUGACUUGUAUAAUACUAAUAACUUAAGUUUGAGGCCGUAAAACCAAACUAGCUGGAUGUUUCUGGCUGCGAUGAGAUCUGUUAAGUUAAUUUCUUGUUAUUUUGUACUUGGAAUAUUAUGUACAAGAAUUGAUCAAUGUCUCGAUCAGCAUGUGAGUGUGUAAUUUUUAAAACUAGCAGGAAAAACAUAAUGUGUGUCUGCAGCUCUCGAGUUGUUUGUUUCAAUUUAACUUUUCAUCUUUUAAUUGUACAAAUCGUUGCAAACAAGCUACUUCACUUGGAUUUGCAUUAUGUCAUGUGACUUUUCA